CCACAAGCUAGCCUCGCACGAUCUUGCUAAACAAUCACUUGAUCACAUUUUUGCUUUACUUUAUUGUCACUCAUUCCAUCAACAUGCGUUAAUACAUUCUGUCUGUCUUCUUGUAUUGACUUGCUCUUUGCCAGGCUUUGCCUGAGCCUCACUUUCUGACCAGAUUUCUUGGACCUUGCCUCUGGACAGGAUUGGCCAAUCGAACACGUUCUGACCUCCCUUUAGUUGCGCGCCGCUUCCUUGAUCUGCAUCUUUUGACAGGUCGGGACGGCUCGGAAUGAGUCCAUCGCCUUAAUGUCCCACCAGUUCCAUAUCGCCGGCGCGAGCCACGCUCUCCUCGACCCAUGGUCCCAAGGAGCAGGCGUGGUGAGGGACGUUCUCACUCGGUGGUCCGAGCUCGAUAUCACACAAAUUGGCUCCCUUAUUGCCAUAGCCGGCACCCUUCCUACGGCUUGGAGACUAAUGCAACGUGCUUGGCGAGAAGCGUAUAGUUGCAUUCGGCGCUUUUUUCUCGCUUCCGUCACGAUUCCGGGUGGUGACCCGGUCAAUCGGAGCGUCGUGAAAUGGGUCCUCGCCAACCGGCCCCGGCAUUAUCGCUCCUUCACCGGUCGUACCGAGGUUGGACGCCCCAACCCAGACCGUGCCGCCGCUCUAAAGAAGACGCGCCACACCGUUCAGUACUGUCCACACUGGAUAACACGGUGGCUUUGGUUCAAAGGCAACUUUCUUGUCGUCACACGUGCCGUUGGGGAUUUCAAUUCUUCGCUAUCCGACCCUAGCUAUGAUGGAAUCGGAGGCGAGGACCUGACCAUCAGCUGCUUCGGAUGGUCGGCGCAUCCUGUCCAGAACUUCAUCGAGGCCUGCCGCGAGUACGCCGACAGGCAGACGCAGUACUUCGUCAUCAUCUACUCCCGCGACCGUUACGGCAUGUCAUGGAAAGCUAAAGCCCGCAAGCCCCUUCGCCACCUCGACACCGUACACUUUGACCUCGGCUUGAAGCAGGAGUUGCUUGCUGAUAUCCGGAACUACCUGGAUCCGAAGACCCAGAUGCGUUAUCAAAGCCGGAGUAUGCCGUACCGGAGAGGCUACCUCUUUUACGGCCCGCCCGGAACUGGCAAGUCCUCGCUUUCUGUGGCGAUUGCCGGCGAGUUUGGAUUGGAUCUCUACGAGGUCAAGAUUCCUAGUGUGGCAACGGAUGCCGAUCUGGAGCAGAUGUUCCAGGAAAUUCCGCCGCGAUGUGUGGUUCUUCUUGAAGACAUCGAUGCCGUAUGGGUGGAGCGUUCCAGCAAUCAAGAGAAGAUCGGCAGCGAGAAUGGGCGAGCACAUUCACCGGAGAGCAGCAAUGUGCCCAAUUGCACUCUUUCCGGACUAUUGAAUGUUUUGGACGGCGUUGGAUCGCAGGAGGGCCGUAUCGUCAUUAUGACUACGAACCGACCCGAGCAACUCGAUAGUGCCUUGAUUCGGCCUGGCCGCGUCGACAUGAAGGUCCUUCUGGGCAAUAUUAGCCCAAAGUCAGCGGCGGACAUGUUCGUGCGGAUGUUUUCUCCAGACCUAGGGUGCACAACACACCUGAAAAUGGAAGAAAUCCAAAAGCUUUCUGUUCAGUUUUCCAGCAUGAUACCGGAAGACACCUUGACUCCAUCUCAAUUGCAGGGGUUUUUCCAGGUACAUUUAGAGAGCCCGUAUCAUGCGGUAGAAAGCAUCGCAAGUUGGGUCGAAAAAGAGCUUGCAAGAGCUCACUUCAAAGAGUUUGAGUUUAUAACGUCCCAUGGGAAGGCUUAGAAGUCGAGUGUGUAAUAGCUAUUUACCCUACUGUAAAAUCAUCUGUAUAACUGGAUUUAGAUCCUGGGUGGAGUUUUGCUAAUUCUUUUAUUGUCUUGUUUACCUGUUCACCGCCGUUGUUUGUGUUGGGCG